AUCCAGGCUUCCAAGCAUGAGAGCGCGCCAUACCGGCCAGAAGUCCAAGCUUUGGGUGGUAUACCAACAAAAGCAGUCGACAUACCAAUAUGCGCUGUCUUUAUGGUUCUAUACAUAAUUGCUGGUGCCUUGCACAUGGGAACCUUCCAGAAGAAUAAGAAGAGAGGAAAGAAGUUCAUCUUUGGUGGAAUGAUGUUUGGUCUCUGCAAGAUCCGCAUUGUAACACUGAGUCUUCGAAUCGCAUGGGCAUGCUACCCGCGAAGUGUCAGAUUGGGCAUUGCAGCACAGGUCUUUGUCAACAUCGGAGUCGUCUUGCUCUACUUUGUCGACCUCUUCUUCACACAGCGCAUCGUCAGAGCUCAACAUCCCAACUUUGGCUGGAGCAAAUUCUUCUCACCACUGAUCCCUAUGGUAUGCGUCAUCACCGUCUUGACGAUCAUCGCUUUGAUUGUUGGUGUCAUUCAAUCCUUCUAUACCUUGGACCCCAACAUCAUCCGGAUCGACCAUAUCAUCGAGCUAUACGGAUCAACAGCGUUCUCUGUCAUCGCCUUCCUCCCCAUCGUCAUUGUCAGUUUAUCGACACUCUUACGAAUGAUCCCCAGCAUACGUGGACAAAAGGCAAUGGACAAGUUUGGAGAAGGUAAAAUGAGCACGAAGAUCAUCAUUGUACUGGCCAGCGCGACUCUUUUGACUUUUGCCGCCUCCUUCAAAGCCGGCACUGGUUACUUGCCGGAAACUCCUCUCGUCAGCAACAGCAAUCCCCCAGUAGCUGAACCCACUCCCUGGUACUUCAACCGCGGCGUCUUCUAUGCUUUCAGCUUUGCUGAUGAAAUCAUCAUCUUGUUCUUCUUCAUGGCUGUGAGGGUAGACAAACGCUUCAUCAUUCCAGAUGGCGCNAAGGGACCCUACAGCUACGCUGGCGGCUUUGUCUUUGCAGGCGAAAGCGGAAACGAGAAGUCCAGAUUGGGCCAGCGCGAUUCUACUCGCAACCUCACCGGCAGCUCACAAUCAUUGCAGUCGUGGGGUGGAUCAACUCGUCGUUCGAGAAGCAAGGCUCCUUCUGUCAUCAGUUGGGGUGGUAUCAGUCAAGCAGAUACCGAAAUGGGAGUUGGCGAGGAUGGUAUCGAGCCUGUGCCUUAUGUGACACUUGAGGAUGGCGAAAUUGCUAGACCCGCGAGCAUCCCAGGUGCCGAACAAGAGAUGGGCUGGGAUUCAAAGAGUGGAAGANNGUGGAAGCUCAGACCUGUUUCCAACAUGUCUGCAGUGUCGACCGCUACGCCAGUAUCGGCCAGAGAGGAUGUCUAG